AAGGAACCAGGGUGAAGAGCAGCUCAUUUUUAAGCUGGAGAGGUUAACAAACACUGGCUGCAGGAUUUACUUUGGUUUAGGAAUACCACUGUCUCACAGGAGUGUCAAUCAAAAUUCCACAGCCAUUCUUCGACACUAGGAGGUGGGACUGACUGAUGUACAGCAGUGAUUUGACCCAGCACUUGGGGCAAACACAACCAGAGUCUUCGGUGUUAAUUCCCUGGUCUUCCCAACUAGCAUUCUGAAAGUGCAUUAACAUUUGUGGCCUUGUGCUCUUUCAUCGGACUUCUAAUGAUAGCUUUCCAAUGAUUAGACGAAUUGAUUCUUUCUGUGACUCAUCAGUUCAUUUCCUGUAAAAUUCAUGUCUUGCUGUUGAUUUGUGAAUAAGAACCAGAGCUUGUAGAAACCACUUUAAUCAUAUCCAGGAGUUUGCAAGAAACAGGUGCUUAACACUAAUUCACCUCCUGAACAAGAAAAAUGGGCUGUGACCGGAACUGUGGGCUCAUCGCUGGGGCUGUCAUUGGUGCUGUCCUGGCUGUGUUUGGAGGUAUUCUAAUGCCAGUUGGAGACCUGCUUAUCCAGAAGACAAUUAAAAAGCAAGUUGUCCUCGAAGAAGGUACAAUUGCCUUUAAAAAUUGGGUUAAAACAGGCACAGAAGUUUACAGACAGUUUUGGAUCUUUGAUGUGCAAAAUCCACAGGAAGUGAUGAUGAACAGCAGCAACAUUCAAGUCAAGCAAAGAGGUCCUUAUACGUACAGAGUUCGUUUUCUAGCCAAGGAAAAUGUAACCCAGGACCCUGAGGACAACACAGUCUCUUUCCUGCAGCCCAAUGGUGCCAUCUUCGAACCUUCACUAUCAGUUGGAACAGAGGCUGACAACUUCACAGUUCUCAAUCUGGCUGUGGCAGCUGCAUCCCAUAUCUAUCAAAAUCAAUUUGUUCAAAUGGUCCUCAAUUCACUUAUUAACAAGUCAAAAUCUUCUAUGUUCCAAGUCAGAACUUUGAGAGAACUGUUAUGGGGCUAUAGGGAUCCAUUUUUGAGUUUGGUUCCGUACCCUGUUACUACCACAGUUGGUCUGUUUUAUCCUUACAACAAUACUGCAGAUGGAGUUUAUAAAGUUUUCAAUGGAAAAGAUAACAUAAGUAAAGUUGCCAUAAUCGACACAUAUAAAGGUAAAAGGAAUCUGUCCUAUUGGGAAAGUCACUGCGACAUGAUUAAUGGUACAGAUGCAGCCUCAUUUCCACCUUUUGUUGAGAAAAGCCAGGUAUUGCAGUUCUUUUCUUCUGAUAUUUGCAGGUCAAUCUAUGCUGUAUUUGAAUCCGACGUUAAUCUGAAAGGAAUCCCUGUGUAUAGAUUUGUUCUUCCAUCCAAGGCCUUUGCCUCUCCAGUUGAAAACCCAGACAACUAUUGUUUCUGCACAGAAAAAAUUAUCUCAAAAAAUUGUACAUCAUAUGGUGUGCUAGACAUCAGCAAAUGCAAAGAAGGGAGACCUGUGUACAUUUCACUUCCUCAUUUUCUGUAUGCAAGUCCUGAUGUUUCAGAACCUAUUGAUGGAUUAAACCCAAAUGAAGAAGAACAUAGGACAUACUUGGAUAUUGAACCUAUAACUGGAUUCACUUUACAAUUUGCAAAACGGCUGCAGGUCAACCUAUUGGUCAAGCCAUCAAAAAAAAUUCAAGUAUUAAAGAAUCUGAAGAGGAACUAUAUUGUGCCUAUUCUUUGGCUUAAUGAGACUGGGACCAUUGGUGAUGAGAAGGCAAACAUGUUCAGAAGUCAAGUAACUGGAAAAAUAAACCUCCUUGGCCUGAUAGAAAUGAUCUUACUCAGUGUUGGUGUGGUGAUGUUUGUUGCUUUUAUGAUUUCAUAUUGUGCAUGCAGAUCGAAAACAAUAAAAUAAACCUGGCUCAAGCACAAACCAAUUUGUGUUGUUCUGAUUCAAUAAUUGGUUUCUGGGUGGCCAAUUCAGAAGAAGAGUGGACAUGCUCAACAAAUCCUAGGCCCUGCAUUCCUGUCAUCCUCAUCCGGGGGAAACACCAUCAUCCCAGUAGCUGCCCUAUUCAACUGCAACAGUCUCCAGGACCAUCAACAUACUGCAUUUCAUGUGCACCAAAUAUUUUGAAAGACAUUUAUAAAUAAUUGGCUUAUGACUCAUAUUUCUCUAUGAAUACCUUCAUACAGCAGGUAUAACUCUUUUCUUUAUGGGCUUAAAUAUUUUGUCACUGAUCCUGCAAAUGGACAUCAUUUUAGCACACUAGCGGUUUAUAUUUUAAGGACCUUCAUUCUCUGUUCUGCACCUCUUCUGGAAAUUGAGUAAAUUUUGCUUUUUUUUUUUUUAACUCAGUUGCAACUUACGCUUGGCAUCUUCAGAAUGCUUUUCUAGCAUUAAGAGAUGUAAAUGAUAAAGGAAUUAUUGUAUGAAAUAUUACAAAGCGUAGACUAUGCAUUGUUAUUCAUUAUAAUAUUUUUUGCUAUCAUAAUCGCCUCAUAAAGACAGGUUUCAGCCAUUAAAAUAUGUUCUUCCUUAAAUUCCUGUGCUUUUUCUAGUUCCUGUUGUCAUAAAAUGUUUAUCCUAAUUUUCUCUCUGAAGUAUAUUUUAUCUGAAUCCACAUUUCUUUAUAAAUCCAUAGUCCUUGCUGAAAUAUGCUUUCUAAAUUUCUACCACUUUGUUCUAGACUAAUUUUUUAAGCUAAUUGGAUGAAGAACAAAAAGACAUUUGGUUUCAUCCUUUACAGCAGUAGGACAAUUGCAAAGGUUUUUCCUUUUUCAUAAGGAGACACAUUAAUAGGUAACUCUGCUUUCUUGAGCAGGGGUUCACUUAUUCUGAAAGCAUUAGUUCUCCUAAAAAGCUCCAGCAUAGAAAGGGAAGACAAACCAAAUUCUAUCUAUCUUGUGUUUUACCCACAGAAGGAUACAGGACAAAGGAAUAGUAACUGGCCUGUUUGGAUACUAAAAUUGAAAAUAACUUUUAGCCUCCUUAUGAUAGCCGCCAGAGUAAAUGUUGAGCAUUACUAUAGAAAAGCCACAAACCAAGAAUCUACCUGUUUGGAAAGAUCUUUUGCAUCUCUGAAGGUGCUUAAAGCAUACUUAGUGCCUUUCCUUUUAACUGGGAAGAUAAAAGUAUCUGUCCAAGAUAUUAAUAUGUAAGAUAACAUUGUAGACAUGUUCUUCUGAUAAUACAAGGUUUAUUCUAUUUGCAUUAGGACAUUUGUGGACAUGUCCAUCUAAUAUAAAGGAAAGUUUUUUAAUCAUUGAGACAUGUAGGGCUGAGUUAUAUAAUGUAGAAACUUCUAAAGAUAAUUGGAUGAGAAUAUACAUAUUGACCUGUAUAUUAUGACUAAUCAUGACUCAGAUCUUAAUACAGGGAUGAUCUCAUAGCAUUUAGAUAUCAGAAAAGGUUUUGACCUAUAUGUCUUCAAUAUUUUUUGAAUACAUGUAUAAUCUUUAUCAUUCCUCAGUGUUUCAUUUCUCAAAUUCUGUAAAAGGAAUAUAAGAGGAAAGACAAUUCAUAUACAAAGACAACGAGAUUAAAAAUAUGCAGUAGGAAAAAUAAUUACUUAAGGGGAGAUUUUUUUACAUGAAAUCUGGGCUUUGGAUGUGUGUGUGUGUGCGUGCACACAUAUGCACUGUGGUGGGAGUGGGGCAAUUUGGGGAAUAUGUUACAUGUGUGACUUUGUUUCGCCCUGGCGAAGUGAAUGUUGUUCAGAAAGGGUAAAUGUUUGGACACUUGCAAUUGCUCGUGGAUGAAUUUGUAUGUUUUAGUCAUAGAAAAAUUGUACCCUUUGAUAGAAGCACAUUUUCUUUCCAAAGUUGGUUAUUAACCACAGAAUUAUAGCAGGUAUUCAUAACUUAAGUUUGAAAAUCAAUAGCAUCUGCAAAUGGAUUAACAGAUUAGAGAAUCAACAGCAUCGGAAAAUAGGUUAAUGCAUAUUGCUUCUAACAAGUGCAUGAAGAAAUAGAAGAAGCUAUGUAGCUUUCAGUUCUGACAGAAAAGGGUGAAGGAGGGUAUCAUUUCAAGAAAAAAAAAUAGCUAUGCACACAAUGGUUAUCUCUGAAAAUAUUUGUAUUAAGAUGUAUAUACAUGUCCAGGCAUGGUGGCUCAUGCCUGUAAUCCCAGCACUUUGGGAGGCAGGUGGAUCACGAGGUCAGGAGAUCAAGACCAUCCUGGCCAACAUGGUGAAACCUCAUCUCUACUAAAAAUACAAAAAUGAGCGGGGUGUGGUGGCCCAUGCCUGUAGUCCCAGCUGCUCGGGAGACUGAGGCAGGAGAAUCUCUUGAGCCUGGGAAGCAGAGGUUGCAGUGAACCGAGAUCGCGUCACUGCACUCCAGCCUGGUGACAGAGCGAGAUUCCAUCUCAAAAAAAAAAAAGUAUGCACGUACAAAUUUCUUAACCUGUUAUCAAUGUCUGAGCUACAUAAUUAUCUUUCUAGUUGGAGUUUGUUUUAGGUGUGUACCAACUGACAUUUCAGUUUUUCUGUUUGAAGUCCAAUGUAUUAGUGACUCUGUGGCUGCUCUCUUCACCUGCCCCUUGUGGCCUGUCUACAAUUCUAAAUGGAUUUUGAACUCAAUGUCGUCGCUUCUGGUUUCCUGCAUAUACCAACAGCAUUACCUAUGACUUUUUUUUUCCUGAGCUAUUUUCACUGAGCUGAGCUAAUGAACUAAAACUGAGUUAUGUUUUAUAUUUGUAUCAAAUACAUAAAAGGAAUACUGCUUUUUCCUUUUGUGGCUCAAAGGUAGCUGCAUUUUAAAAUAUUUGUGAAAAUAAAAACUUUUGUUAUUAGAAAAAUGA